GUGGGGUCCACACACAGCACUCCCACUGUGGGGCGCAGAGGGCCAGCAGGGAGGACCUGGCCCUGGGGCCUCUUCCUUCCCAGCUUCUAGGCUCACACCAUGGACAGAAGAGCUCAGCUUUUAUUCUGGGGAUGAUAUUUCAAAGACCGCCCUUUGCCCUCACGGCGUUGGUUCCUCUGCUCGGCACACAAGGUGAUUUUUUUUUAAACCUUGUAGGUAUACUGGGGCCAUUAUGACUACAUUCUGGCUAAAGGAAAAAUAAACGGAAGUGAUGUGUUUCUUCUGGGCCAAGGCCCCGUGAGCCGGCUUUCCUUGCCUUUCUUUCCUUGGGUGAUGGCCAUGGAGGCCAACAGGUGAAACGGAAGAGUCUUGAGAUGCAAAAAGCCUACAAAGAUGCGUGAGUCAGCCUGCAGAGGAGAGGCACCUUGCUGGAUCCGAAUUCAACUUGAUAAUGCCUGGCAGGCUGCUCUCUUCCGGAUGUGAAAGGAAAGACACAAGCCUAUCCCGGGAGCAUGGACAGUCCUUAGGAUGCUGGCUGGAAAUUUUUCAAGAUUCCAUCCUUGAACCUCUGGAAAGCAGCAGAGAACUAAGAACAGUUUAUUUCCUGCAGAGAACCACAUGAUCUAUUGGUGGUAGCAGGGUCCUGGAUGGGGUGAGGGGAAAGGGAGGCCAUCAGGGAACAGGGUUGUGGGUGGUGGAUGUCUGCCUCAGGAGGAUGCUUUGUGCCCAAGAAGUGUCUGUGCUUGUGAACAGAGUUGUGCUGUGACCGAACAUCUCGCCGGAGCCAGGCGCAGUAUCGAGAACCCUGGUUUCCUCCAGCUCUGCUCCACGAAGUGUCCAAGGCCGACCUGGGAGUUGUCUUAGAUCUGAAAACCUCCCUCUGUUCACUUGGAAAACAUACGCCUCACCCUCCAAGACACAGAGUUUUCUCCAGAGCCUGUUGUCCCUGCACAGCAGGGCUCCUGCUCCUGCAGCCGCAAUUCCUUCACCCUCCAAGAAGGCUGCCAGGAAUGACGAGGGGAGGGAGAAGCCGUGGGCGGUGGCAAAAGGCAGGGCCAGGGGAAGAGCCGGGGACCCUGCGGCUCCAGCCUGAGGACUCCUCUCUCUGCUCCUUCCCCCUGCUGUUGGUGCUGCUGCUCAAAGCUGCCAGGAUGUGUGGCCAAUUCCUGAGGCGACUGUUGCGUGAGGAGAGCCAGCACUCCACCCCUGUGGGGCGCCUCCUGCUUCCGGUGCUCCUGGGGUUCCGCCUCGUGCUGUUGGCUGCCGGUGGGCCUGGAGUCUAUGGGGAUGAACAAAGUGAAUUUGUGUGUCACACACAGCAGCCAGGCUGCAAGUCUGCCUGCUACGACGCCUUCCACCCCCUCUCUCCACUGCGCUUCUGGGCCUUCCAGGUCACCUUAGUGGCUGUACCCAGCGCCCUCUACAUGGGUUUCAUCCUGUAUCAUGUGAUCUGGCAUUGGGAAGAACCAGGAAAGCUGAAGAAGGAGGAGGAGGCCCUGGUCCCCGAAGAGGAGAGCAGUAGGGAUGCCUCAGGGACUGGGAACUUGAGGCUGCUCUGGGCCUAUGUGGCACAACUGGGGACUCGACUGGUCCUUGAGGGAGCAGCCCUUGGGGGGCAGUACCAUCUAUAUGGGUUCAAAAUGCCCAGUUCCUUUGCAUGCCGUCGAGAGCCUUGCCUUGGUAGUAUAACCUGUAAUCUGUCCCGCCCCUCUGAGAAGACCAUCUUCCUAAAGACCAUUUUUGGGGUCAGUGGGGUCUGUCUCUUCUUUACUGUUUUGGAGCUUGUGCUUCUGGGUUUGGGGAGGUGGUGGAAGAGCCGGAAGCACCACUCCUCCUCUUCUAACUACUUCCCAACUUCAGAGAGCACUAGAAGUCACAGAGAACCAACCAACACCUUCCCAGUGAUGGAAACAAAACAGCCGUUGCGGGAAGCAGGUGAGGAGGACACCAAUGACCCUGUUUCUUCCUGCCCCUGAUGUCUGUCCUGAUUAUCUCCCCCCAGAGCAAAAGUUACAAAGUAGAUAUCCCAGUUCCAGGCUGAGUGUUCUGACAAUAGCUUCCAACCCAUCUCCCGGUGCUCUUGUGAGUUGCAUGAUUCCUUCCAGUGAGCCAGGACAAGAGUUCUAGUCCUUUGUAGCCCUUCCAUGAAGUUUCUUCCCUCUUAGGAAAAGU